GGGAGAGGGAAUUAUUUAUAAAUAAAAGGAAAAUGAGUAAGAUCUCUGUCUUGGAGAACCCAUAUAGCCCUAAAGUGAUUCAUCAUUUAUGAUGUGUGGGUUCACUCAUGUAUGUGUGAGGUUCAUAUCAUAAGUGGUGUGGAUCACUUUAGGAUUGUAGGGUCGUUCAAAAAGGGAUUUUCUAUCAUUGUUGUGAAUAAAACUUAGAAACUACAGAGUGAAAACAAAAAGCAUGGCUUUGCAGAAGAACUCCUCCUCCCUCCUUCCCCUCCUCCUGGCGCUGCAGUUGCUGCCAUGGCUGACAAAAACAUCGGCGCUUUCUUAUGCGAAGCCUGGUUGUCCAGAACGAUGUGGAAAUGUUACAAUUCCAUACCCUUUUGGAAUAGGUCCCAAUUGUUACUUAGAUGAAUGGUUCUCCAUAGAGUGCAAGAACUCAAUCAGCAGCUACUUAAUAAAGCUCGAUCUUGAGGUGCUGGAAAUUUCAUUGAAUGGAAGAUACCUUCGAGUCAACAAUCCAGUAACAUCUCCCAACUGCCACAUCAACAACAACAGCAGCAACAACCGCAACCCCAACAACUCAAACUCAAAUUUAAGCAUUAACUUGACAUCUAGCCCUUUUCGCUUCUCAGAAAUAAACAACAUAUUUAUGGCCACGGGCAUAAAUUGCAACCAGACGGCCAAUUUAAAUGGUCUGUUCGACAGUGGGAUUACCGACUGCUCGUCUACUUGCGAUUCUGCUAAUAAUAGUACUUGCACGGCUGAAAUCUCCAUUUUGAGUGGGUACAGGGGGGAAAUCUCACCGUUCGUGACGUUUCUGCAAGGCUACAGUGUGUCUUUAUAUCCAGGAAACCAAACAUCAUGUAUGAAUGCUUUUGUGGUAGAUAAGAAUAAGAAUUCCACCGACUACUACUCUGCUGUGCAAACUUAUGUUCCUGCUGUUCUCAAUUGGGUUUUACACAAUAUCACACAGCUUGGAUUGGUUCCCGACAACAGCUAUAAAAUUAGUUACUCCUGUCUUCAGGGGUCGUUCGCUUAUUCUUCCAGGUUCGCCAAGUGUGAUAUUGUUCAAAACCUCCAGUGCGUUUGCAAUUUUCCCUUCGCUGGAAAUCCUUAUUUUUCCAAUGGAUGUGUAGAUACGUCCACGUCAAAUACGGGUAUUAUCAAUGGUGCUUAUGCUGGAUUAGUAGGAUUAUUGUUUUUAUAUAUUGCUUCUGGGUGGUGGUUGUACAAAGUAAUGAAGAAACGCAAGGAAAAUUUCUUCAAGCGAAAUGGUGGUUUCUUGUUACAACACAAGUUAUCUUCAAAUGAUGGCAGUCAAAAAGUCAAAUUGUUUAAUUCGGAGGAGUUGGAGAAAGCCACUGAUCAUUACCAUGAAGAUCGUAUUCUCGGCCAAGGAGGCCAAGGUACUAUUUACAAAGGCAUGUUGUCAGAUGGGAGAAUCAUCGCUGUUAAAAAGUCUAAGGUUGUCGACGAAGGACAAGUUGAGCAAUUCAUCAAUGAGGUCGUCAUUCUUUCACAAAUUGUCCAUAGGAAUAUAGUCAAGCUCUUGGGUUGUUGUUUAGAGACAGACGUUCCUCUGCUAAUAUACGAGUUCAUCCCAAAUGGAACACUCUCUCAACAUAUUCAUGAUCCAAACAUGGAGUUCCCACUAUCAUGGGAGAUGCGCUUUCGGAUUGCCACAGAAGUUGCUGGAGCUCUUUGCUACUUACACUAUGCGGCGUCCAUACCCAUCUAUCAUCGAGACAUGAAGUCAACCAACAUACUCUUGGAUGAAAAAUACAAAGCAAAAGUUUCUGACUUUGGAACUUCAACAUCAAUUGAUGUUGAUAAUACUCAUUUGACCACACGAGUACAGGGGACUUUGGGGUACUUAGAUCCAGAGUACUUUCAAUCAAGCCAAUUUACUGAUAAAAGUGAUGUUUACAGCUUCGGAGUUGUUAUUGUUGAGCUUUUAACUGGGCAAAAACCAAUCUCUUCCACUAGAACCCAAGAAAGUAGGAGUUUAGUCAGUUAUUUUAUGCAAUCAAUAGAGGAAAAUUGUCUACUUGAGAUUCUUGAUCCCCAAAUUCUCAAAGAGGGCCGGAGAGAAGAGAUGAUUGAUGUUGCUCACCUCGCAAGAAGGUGCCUAAAUUUGAAUGGGAAGAAGAGGCCUACAAUGAAAGACGUUGCAGUUGAGUUGGAAGGAAUUAGAAUGUCACAUGGAAGUUCGACAAUUCACCAACACUAUGAAGAUGUUGAAUACAAUGCAACUGACCUUACUGAGGCUUGGGAUGUUGCUUCAACCAUGACUGGAACUUUUUCAGAUAGUAGUAUAGCUUCAACAUUUGAAGUGCAAUCACUAUUGAAUAACAAGUCGUGAAGUAUACACAUACAAACAUAAUAUAUAUAUAUAUAUAUAAUGCUUGUCCAUCUUAGAUUUUUUGCUUGAGAAUAUACUAAUAAUUUACCAUAAAGAUUUGUUACUGAAAUGUUGGUUGGAAUAAUUAAGUACCAGUAUGCAAAGCUACAAACUUGUAUGAUUUAUGCUUUGGAUUGGCAAUAUUAAUAGUUUAUUAUAUACAUAGUUCAUUUUAA